AUGAAGCUCUUCAUCGUAGCUACGGCCCUCGCCGCAUGCAGCGCAAGUGCUCUCAGUAUUCCAGCACGCGAUGCGCCACCGUCUCUGCGCACGAUUGAGCUAUCUCCUGGUAACAUCAAACAAGUGACUGAAGAGCAGAAAUUCGAGCUACUCGCGCAAGGCACCAAUCUCAUCGACAUCACGGAAGACCUCGACGCACCCUCGAUAAAAAAAAACGUCGCAGCUGUCACCUUCCCUGCCACUGUCACCCAGCAGUCCGCCAUCACCCCGCUCCUCCCGCUCCUCUCUACCGCCUCCAUGCGCGCUACCCUUACGCCCUUUACGCAGUUCCAAAACCGCUACUUUAACUCCACCUACGGUGCACAGUCCUCUGCCUGGCUCCUUAAAACCGUGAAAGACGUCGUAUCGGCUUCUGGUGCAGUCAACGUGACGGUAGAAGCGUUUGGGCAUUCUUUCUUGCAGAGCAGCGUCAUCGCGAGAAUCCCAGGGCGCAGCGCAAAGACGGUGGUGCUGGGCGCGCACCAGGAUAGCAUCAAUUCGCGGAAUGCGGAUCGCGUUAAUAACCGGGCUCCGGGGGCGGAUGAUGAUGGGAGUGGGACGGUGACGAUUUUGGAGGCGUUGAGGGUAUUGUUGACGGACGAGAAUGUUAGGACGGGAAGCGCGCCUAACACGCUAGAAUUUCAUUGGUAUGCAGCGGAAGAAGGAGGACUUCUUGGGUCCGUCGAUAUAUGGAAGAAGUACAAGGCUGAGGGGAAAGAUGUGAAGGCCAUGCUGCAGCAGGAUAUGACUGGGUAUUCGAAAGGCACCACGGACCAAGGAAAGCCAGAAGUGGUGGGCGUCAUCACAGAUUAUGUGGAUGCGGGCCUUACGGAUUUCAUUACUAAGGUCAUCGAUGCGUAUUGCGACAUCGGUUACGUCCGCACCGAGUGCGGCUAUGGCUGCUCCGAUCAUGCGUCUGCGUAUCGCAACGGGUACCCGAGUGCGUUUGUCUUCGAGAGCGCCUUCGAGAACGAUAGCCCGUAUAUCCAUUCCAGCCAAGAUACGUUGGAGACGGUGAACUUCGAGCACAUGCUGCAGCAUGCGAAGCUGACAUUGGGUUUCGCGUAUGAGCUGGCUUUUGCGGCGGGUCUGUGA